ACAGGCAAACACUAAAAAUAAAAAUCAGCAUGGCACCAUUCCCCUCGCUACGCCUCAUCUAUUUUGAUUUUGGCGGUCGAGCGGAAGCUAUUCGUGUUGCCUUACACGUGGGUAAGGUGCCUUUCGAAGAUGUCAGGAUAACUGAACAGGAGUUCAGUCAGCAAAAAGCUGGCUCGGAGGCCUGUACCCUGAGGAUCCUCUUGCGGGCUUAG